UUAAUUAUGACUUUUUAUGAACAAUCUCUUCAGUCGUUAAUUGCAGCGGGAAAAGUCAUAAACGUUUUUUUGCGGUGUGAUUUAUAUUUAAAGGUUUUAAAAAUGACAGAAACUUCAGCAACGCGUAGAAAUUUCUCUAUUUCACGUUCUGGAAAGUUUAAGAGACGUAACAAAGAUAGAGUUUCGAUUACUGAUCAACAUUGGAUAACUCCAGAUAUUGAAUUUGAAUUUGAAAGAAUUAUUAAUUCACAGAAAGCCUCGAUCGGCGGCAACGUAGAAAGUGCUAGCAGAACUCUUGGACAAUGUUCUCAAAAUGCUAUCAACGAUAAAAGUUUAUUUACAACGCUAAACAGCAACGAUAAGAAAUCUGAUAAGAACUGUGAUGAAAAUGCAAGCUCAAAUGAAUUCGUUAAUACAAAGUGA